GAUAACAGGUUAGAAAAAAAUUAAUAAAAUAAAUUUCAACUAUACCAGACACAUGGAAUGUCCUUAUUAUAGUAUACUUGAAUUAUUUUUCUCGUAUUCUUCGAUAUCAUAUUGUAGAACAAUUUUGGACAUUGAAAUAAUCGUUACGGGAAAGAUGUUCCAUUUCGAUAAAAUGUCGAAAGAAUUUUAGUGAAUCGAUAAAUAUCCGCUUCUCUAAGUAUUUUCCACUACGUUGUCUCGAAUUCCAUACGAGGUUGAAUACUUAAGACGUUCCAAGUUCGUAGCGAAAGAAUUUGCACGAUUUAUUUUCAGCAAUUGUAGAAAAAAAGACAUUAGUAUCACCUUUGCAAGGAUCAUCUGCCAUCUAGGAAACUGUACGAUGAAUGAUAUAGAUAUGUAUCUAUAUCAGUAAAUAGAUAUGUUUGAAAACUGCAAAAAUUUGGUUUCACUCAAAAUCAUAUUUAAUAUGGUUCUUAAUCAAAUUUGAAAUUUAUCUUUUGUUGGAAUGAUGGAAAUUACUAUUCUAUUACUAUUCUAUUGGCUAUAACUAUUGUCUAUAAUUUGGGUACUUACUCAGAACGUCAUAUCAUGAUCGCAAACCACCCAAGUAGAUAUCACAAAUAUAUAUUGUGUUUGCUGAACGUCAAAAGUCAAGUUGCACGAGCCAUUGUAAACACCGUCUGGAAAAUGAAAACACAUAAAGUUCAAAGUGCAAGAGUGAAAACGAGAAAUCUUUAUUAUACUUUUUCUAAAUUUUAUCGUUCUUCCUUAUCUCCUUCCGAAUAUAUCAUUGUUUUAAAAUGUUGAUAUCAUUUUUCUUUCACUAGUUUCAAAGUAAAUUUCAAGAAGUAUAUUACGAUUAAGGAUGUUCCGUGUAAUCGUAUGUGUCAAGUAAUAAAGUUAACGAAUCAAAACCAUUGAUUGCCUAUAUAAUUGAAUGCUAUUCUGACGUUAUAAAUAUAGCCAAGGUAAUAUUAAUCAAAUCUAGCAUAAUUCGAGAAUAAUUUAGCUUCGGACUUUUUAAAGUAUAUAUGUAUAUAAAUAUGUUAUCUCUAUCGAGUAAAGAAAGAGAUUAUUGAUAUAAAUGAAACUUAUGGGUUAACGAAACUUCUUCGUUUUUCAUUACAUUUAAGAAAAUUAUUUAAAUGUUUAUUUAGCAAAAUAUUAUAGUCUCUUAGUAUGACUCGAAUAUUUCAUGCACUCUAGCGUAAAAAAAAAAAAAAUCUAAAUGUGAUUUAUUCGAACAAAAAUUUGAUAAUAGAAACUGGGUUUAAAUAAUAAAUUGUAUGAAAAACGCGUGGCUCUUUAUGAAACGCACCAUCUGCUUCGCAGCUGCUCACGAAGAUCUUUAUCGACGGGAUUAUUAAUCGAUGAAAAAUUUUCAAACGUACGAGUGCCAUUUUUCGCUAUAUUAUUGAAUUCUAUACUAAUUAGAUUUUCAUCUUUAUUAUUCUCUCUCUAUUCACUUAGCUUCAUGCGCAUAAAACAUUAUCGAUUUUUUUUUUCGAUUUAACUUCAAUUUUUUACACGUACCUGACUAGUUUUAGGUUAAUAUACUUCAACGUUAAAUAAUGCCUGUUGAAAUUUUAUUAACAUUAUUUAACGUCCUAUAAUUUCUCACAUAAUAAACAAACGAAAUAUUAAACGUUUCCACGGCACCAGUAAAAAUCGAAUCUUGUAUAUAUGUAAUUAUUAUAGACGAAAACGUGUUUAGAUAGUAGAAAUAAUAAUCGCGAACAAGUAAAACAAAUGUUAGAAAUGAUGGUUAAAGUAAUUGUAUGUGGGAAUCGCGGAGAAUAAAAAGUUAAAUCGUUGAUAAAAUUAACAUACAAAAUGGUCAUGCAAACCUUUAUUCUUUCGCGUGAAUCCUUAUACGGCACGACACGAAAAGUGGAAAACCAACAUGAAUUGCACCCAAGAGAAAAAGAAAGAAUGAAAGGAGAGAAUAAGAGGAAGAAACGAAAGAAACUGAAAAAGUGGUCAACGGGGAAGAUUAAUUUGCGGUUUGCGUAAACGAAAUUAUUUUCGAGCUAAAAAAGAUAAAUGAUCGUAAAAUGGUGUACCUUCUAAAGUAAGGAAAUGUAAAUCUAAGUAACCACCUGUCGGUGGUGUAGAAGAUAAAUCUUUCUUCUCUGCACUUCAAGUAUAUUUGCAGUCGUGAGUGUUUUCUUAACUUUUACAAGAAAAAAAAAAAAAAAAAAAAAUAAAUAAAAACAAAAAAAGAAAAAGAAAAAAAGAAAAAAAGAAAAAAAGAAAAAAAUGCAAUCAACUAUACGAAGCAAGUUGAAAAAUUUCUUAUACUAUACUGACGUAAAUUCUUUAAUUGUAAGAAAAUAUUCGAUUGCAGGAAUCAUUUGAUUUUCGUAAAAAAUAUAUAUAUAUACCUAUUUUUUAUUGAAAGAUUUGCAAAGAUCGUGUCAAAAGAAGCAUAGUUACAAGUUCUAAAUGGAUAGGAAGAAACAUCGGUUCAAUGUGCGCCGCUGGUAUGGCACUCGAAGUCUUAUCGGAAAACUGUACUUCUUGCGGAUGGAAUGGCAACAGGUGUUGGUCGCUCAGAAUCAAGCCAGAAGAGAGAUGGAGAAUGCAUCAGGUAUACGUACUUGUGAAAAACGAAUUCAUUUUAAAUGUUCCAAUAACUAUCUGAGGUCCUUUAAAUUACAUUUUCAACUAACCGUGUCCAACUUCCAAGAAUUUAAAUUAUAAAAUACCCGUACGAUCUUAAGAAAUGUAAAUUAACUAUUUUAAAAUAACAUAAAAAGAAUGGAAACCGUUGACAAGAAAUAAUGAUUCGGAAGAAUUAAGAAACGGGAAAUAAUGAGUUUAAGACUCAAAAAAAAAAAAAGUCGAACUUAUUCAAACUGGGUCGUCUCUUUUUCUUUCUUAAUUCUUCCUCAGAUAGAGUUAUGUUAUAUGUGCUUUUAUAAAAAUACUUCAAAGAAUUACAACGCAUUUUUUGUAACGUGGAUUUGCACACUAUGAUGUUAGGUUGGAUAGAAAAAAAGAAAAAAGAAAGAAAGAAAGAAAGAAAAAAAGAAAGAAAGAAAGAAAGAAAGAAAGAAAGAAAAAAAGAAAGAAAGAAAGAAAGUUUAAAAAGAAGCCAAAACAACUUAUACGAAAAUAGAUGAGUCAGCGGAAGUACAAUUUCUCAACGAACGUGAUACAAAAAUAGCUAAGUUACCCUUCGAACAACUAUUAUUUACAUAACUGCAUCUCACGUUGUCGAAGGCUUUUUCUUUAAGCCUAAACCAAAUUUUUCUAAUAUCGAAUAUUGCCUUUAUACACGUUGUUACAAGAAAGAAGCUUGAUUGCGAAUGUCUCUGAGAUUUUAUCUGGGUCAAAAGGGUCAUAAAAAAAAAGUAAAAGGAGGAGAAAAAGCGAGUGAGCGAGCGAGCGAAAGAGAGAGGAAGAGAUAGAGAGAGAGAGAGAGAAAAGGGACGAUGAGAAGCACACACUUGGUUCUCGGUUAAUCUUGAUUAGCGGAAAAUUACCUGUCAAAUUGAUAUGGGCCAACGAGGGAGAUGACGUCGAAUUACCAUGUGACAUAACACCUCCGACUCCUACAGAUUCCGUUAAUAUGGUACUCUGGUUUAGAGAUAGUGCCGGGAUACCUCUUUACAGCCUAGACGCUAGAAGCGGUAACUUAAGUGCUGCAAUUCAUUGGGCCGACGGCGAUGACCUUGGAAGGCGUACUUACUUUCAAGUGGGCGACGGUCAACGAUCAAAAUUGAAGAUCACCAAAGUCAAAUAUAAGGAUCAGGGUUUAUUCAGAUGUAGAGUUGACUUCGUCGAUUCCCCAACAAGGAAUUUCAGAGCGAACCUCACCCUCGUCGAGAAACCGACGAAACCAGUGAUAUAUGAUGCCCAGGGACGCGAGGUAACAGGCAUAGGCGGCCCUUUUCUCGAGGGAUAUGGUCUUCUUUUGACCUGCCAAGUGUCAGGAGGAAGACCAAAACCUUCGGUAACGUGGUGGAAGGACGGUGAGCUACUUGAUGCUGUAGAUGACACUCCCACAAUUGGCUCGUUGAGCAAGUUCACAAUAAAUCAUCUUUUCAUUGGCAAAGUUACGCGGGCAUUAUGGGGCACAAAACUUGAGUGUAGAGCUCAGUCUGCCCCAAUGGCGAAACCUAUUAUUCGAGAAGUACCUCUUGAUAUUUAUCUUAAACCGGCCGUGGUGAAAAUUAUUUUGAGCGACGAAGAAAUGUACGCCGGUCGUCCGAUCGCUGCAAAAUGCGAAACUUGGGGUAGUUCUCCAGCUGCCAGAAUUAUUUGGAGAUUAGGCGACGAAGUGAUCGGUGAUCCUAUUGUUUCCAUUACACAGAGAAGUAAUUCCACCGUUAGUAAGAUCGUUCUUGCUCUCGGAAAAAAUGACGAUGGCAAAGAACUUACUUGCAAAGCCGAAAAUCCUAGAUUUCCUGGUGGCGUUCUCGAAGAAACAAAAUCUCUUCGCGUUCUUUACGCACCGGUCUUAACGGCUCACCUGGCAACAGGAUAUAUUUUAAAUACAUUAAGAGAAGGGGAUGAUCUGAAAUUGGUCUGCGACGUUCAGAGCAAUCCACCGCCGACGAAGGUCACUUGGUAUCACGACGAUAUACGAUUAGAGCAUGACGUGAGCGCCGGUAUUUUGGUAUCCUCCAAUACGCUCACUCUUCGUGUUCUCACUCUCGACCACUCUGGUGAAUACUCUUGCGAAGCUACAAACUUUGUUGGACAAGGACGUAGUCUGCCUCUUCUUAUUCACAUGAAGUAUGCUCCAAGAUGUAGAGAGGGUUAUGAGAGGCAAGAAAUAGCGGCUGUUCGACAUGAAACGGUGACCUUGAGAUGCGAAAUCGAAGCAGUUCCAGACGAGUUGAUUCGAUUUUCCUGGAGCUUCAACGGAACACGAGGCGACGUCCUACCGUUACCAAAUUCAAGAGUUCGGGAUAAUGGCCUCGUUAGUUUACUGGAUUAUACUCCUAGUGCGGAUACUGAUUACGGUACUCUCGCUUGUUGGGCUAGUAACAGCAUAGGAAGGCAAAGGUUACCAUGUUUGUUCAACGUAGUACCGGCAAAAACACCACAGGCACCGAUAGAUUGUUCGUUACGCAACGAAAGUAGUUCCUUAGAAGUAAAUUGUAUUCCUGGUUCGGAUGGUGGUUCACCGCAGCACUUCCUGCUGGAGGUUCGUGGUCCCUUUGGUAGUUCUGGCAUCGUACAGGUCAUUCCACAAACCCUUCAAACGCCCCAAAGCGAUCAAGGUGCAGUGAGCGAAGCACCGCCUAUAUAUCAAGAAAGAAAUCCAAGUCCUACUUUUCGUCUUCACGAUCUCAAGCCAGGCUAUGAUUAUACCAUUUACGUAUAUGCCGUCAAUGGACGUGGAAGAAGCGAGCCCACUCUUCUUAAACAUGUACAAGUUGCUGAACCAAUCGGUGGAAAGCUCGAAAGUACUGGGAUUUUUCUCGAGGAUUUGAAGAAAGCCAUUCCUCAAGUCGAUUCGCAAAGCAUGAUCAUCGUAAUGGCUUUGAUAGGUGCAGCGGCAUUGAUUUUGGUAGGCAUCGGUAUAGUAAUUGGUUUGGCAAUUUGCAAAAGGAGAUCCAACAGGCCCGUUGUUUCGAGUCCUGAUGAUUUUACUACACCAACUUAUAUACCCGCACAAAGAAUCGAACCGAGAAUUAGAUAUACGACCGACGGCAGGCACUCACAAAGAAGAAGCUUGUAUGUCGAAGAAAAUCGAAAUGACCCUGAUAUUUUGCAACAAGUGGAAGUCGACUUACAAGUCUAACGGCGAAAAUUUUAAACGAGCGACGUGACUUGCUUGCGAAAGCAUAAUCGUACCACCAGUAUUUUAAUUAAGAAAAUGAAAUCUAUAAUUGUAACUUUAACAAUUUUUCCGAUUAAUUCGCGAAGUAUAAACAUUAGCAUAGAUAGUAUUAUUCACUGAAAAAAAAAAAUAGUGUACAGUAUUUCGUAACAAACGAGUAUAGCUUAACAAUAAACGUUGUCGAUAUGUUAAAUAUUUUACUUCAUAUUGUACAUUAGAUUUUAGCAUGAGAGCGCGAUAAUUAAGAUAAUAAAUAAAUUAAUAAUAAGUAGAUAAAAAAAAGAAAAGUAUAUAAAUCGCUUAGCCAAAGAUGUACGUACGUUUAUUUUUCCAUGGCUUGCGUGAUACAUGCAUAUUGUAAUUCCAAUAGUAAUUCCUACUUUCGUCGUAAUCCUACUUUUGAUGUAAGUAACUUAUAAAACAUUAUACCUCAUUCGAGUAAAGCAAGCGGGCGCCAACUUAAGAAGCGCAUAGUAUAUUUUAAGCUCAUCAUUAAGAAAAUGCCAUUAGCGUAACAACAAGCGUGUCGAUAAAGUUUAUCUUGCUUUUAUAUACAAACAUGUAAAUAUUUUUGAAAAAUGACAUGCGUAUCGAAGAAAAUUAAAUGAAAAAAUAUAUUGUAAAUUAUAACAAUCCUAAAAA